AUUUAAUAUUCGAGGACAGGACGCGCCGCGGUAUCCGGAAAUCCUACAGGAUAAUUGUGACAACUGGCUAAAUUGGAAACGAAAGCGAGAUCUUCGGGGAACGCUGGAUGCUGCCGGUGGAUCUGAAUUUUUCAUAGCGUGUGUAAAUAUUUUAGAAACUUGCAGCUUGCGCGCUGCUUGGAUUUUAAAUUAAGACGAACAACGGGCAAAGAACCAUCCACUCAUGAUGUCGGCCCAUCCCGGGAGGAAUCAGUACGAAUACGAGGAACGCAAUCAGAGGAUUCGACACCGAAGCGGACCCGCAACUACCAGAGGACCCGCUGACUCCACGGUCGCUUGCUCCAGCACUCAGUAUUACGUAAGUCCCAGCAGCGACAUCAGCGAGGAAGAUUUAUCCGAGCUUCCAUCUUGCGUUUACGCAGGAAGAUCCUCGUCGCAACAACAGCAACAGCAACAGCAACAACAACAACAGCACGUGGUUCAUCCUGGUCCAGGACACCAGCAACAUAACCACGGACAUUCUCACACCCAUUCGCCUCUUCACUAUCACAUGCCCGUUCAGUCUAGUGCAGACCACAACGACGCCGAGAUGAACGGAAUGACGAAUAUGAACGGUAUAAACGGGAUUAACGGAAUGAGUCCGAUGAACGGCGGAGUCGAGGAGGGUUACUAUCCAAACGGAAGUCCGUACAGAAUUCAGAGGCACGCAGCGAACAUCCGGGAGCGAAAGCGGAUGCUCAGCAUCAACUCGGCUUUCGACGAGCUGAGAGUUCACGUGCCAACGUUUCCCUACGAGAAAAGACUGUCGAAAAUCGACACCCUCCGCCUCGCCAUCGCCUACAUCGCUCUCCUCAGGGAAGUUCUUGCCGCCAGACUCGAUCCUCUCACGUACGUCGAACGGUGUCUUCGAGGCGAGAUAAGUGGCGAACGUGCAGAAUGGAACACCAGUGAUUUGACGGCGCGGCUGUCUUGGAUAAAUUGGGAGAACCUUGGUGUUAAUCCAAAUCGUCGUUCGGUGCUGACGACGCUUGCACUCACCGCAGACAAUAUGAACUGAAUUAGUUUACGUAGCAUAAAUGAAGGGGAAGUAUGAUAAUCACGUAACAGUACCUAUUUAGCCGUAAUUUAUUUGUUGUAAAUAAUAUUUUUCUGAUGCAAAACAUCGCGUAGUUAGUUCGUAAAUUUACAGUAAAUACGUGCAUACCUAAAUUAAAGUACACCGUUGUAUCUAAAUAAUUUUAUGCGCAGCCAGGAAUGUAAUAUUCAAAGUGUUCAACGUAUUAGAUGUACAUCUAUACCUACAUAUGUAUACAUUUUGAAAGGAUUGUACGGAGCAGAUAUUUUAGGCCAUGUGCAAUAUUGUACUUAUAGUAUGUAUAAAUGGCUGUAUAAAAGUAAUUUUUAUUUUGCGCUUUGAAUAUCAGUAUAUAUCUUGAAUCAAAAUGGUACUGCACACUAAGGCUAUAUUACCUACAAUGAAAAAGAAAUAAAUAAGAAAUGAAUUUAAUUAAGUAUAAGCUGGUACAAUUAUGUUCUAACCAUAACUUAUUUCGUAUGUGCAAGAAUCUUAUCACGUAUUAUGACACUGUGUUAUACGUAUUAACGGUAGAAA